GGCAGCGGGUCGUAUACUUGCUGCCGGACCACGUGGGAAACGUAAACAAACUGGACUCGUGUGACGCUGCAUUGUGUUAAGCUUCCUGUGUUUUCUCCCGUAUCUCCUCCCCCAUGAAACACAAAGCUGGAAUUGACGAGGUCAUGGAUAAGGAUUAUGAAAGUGAAGAUGCCGGCUUUGAUGAUGAUGAGGAGGAGGAGGAUGUAGAUGAAGAAGAGGAUGAUGAUAAUGAUGACAUUGAUGAGGAACAGGAUGAACAAAAUAAAAACAACAAGCGAACUCAGCAGGAGCAGGGAGGAAAACACACCAAACAUGGGAAAGUUAAGGACAGUCACACCAACUUGUACAAACCACCAACAAUGGAUGAGUUGAACAUGCUCAGAGAAACCCAGAUGUUGUACCAUUCCAAUCUCUUCCGCAUGCAGAUGGAGGAACUGCUUGCUGAAGUGAGUGUGAAGGAGAAACGUCGCCAGCAGUUUUCACAGUGGCUUACAAAGUUGUCAGCUCACCUCACCUCCUUACCUGAGUUUAGUCCAAUUGAGUUAAAUGAUAACCACAAGUUGGCCAGGAAGGGCAUUCAUGAUCCUCUGCUGGAGACAAUGCCAAAGAUCACUGGAAACAUCACCUUUGCUGCUCCAACAAAGAUAGAAGUGGUUGGCUCCUUUGCAUCUGGCACUGUCACCACUGUGAAUCCCACCAUUGAUGUCAUGAUGAUUCUUCCAAGGAAGUGUGUUAAUGCGUCUGACUGGCGGAAUGGAAGGUGGCUGGCAAAGCGUAUUCGAUACUUGUCAUGGGUUGCCAAGAGCCUGCUAGACAAGACAGAUAUUGUCCAGAAACAGUGCUGGACAACACACUUAGGGGUGCCUUGUCGACCCGUCUUACAAAUCACACCUUCUGGAGACUUUGGGAAGAAAUGGAAAGUGAAUUUGUACCCUGUACCAGACCAGGAGAGCUUCAAAUUAACAAAAUUUUCACCUGAACGGAGUAAUCUGGAGCCCAGCUGGUUCUUUCCUGGAGAUACUGGAGCAAAGUACUCAGGUGAUGAACAACCCUCAACACCUCACUACAACUGGGCCUGUGCUGUUGAUGUGGCAAUGCAGCAGCAGCAGCAGCUCAUCAUGGAUUGCUUGGGUAACAAAAGAAACCUUACUCAAGGGAUACAACUCAUCAAAAUAUGGCUAUCACAGAGAGACUUAGACAAGGGAAUAGGCAGCUUUUCUGGUCACAUGGUCACCCUGUUUGUGAUUCACCUCCUGCAGUCCCACAAGAUCAACUCUCAGAUGUCGCCCUAUCAGGUGUUUCGAAAUGCAGUGCUUAACAUCGGGUCUGUUGACUGGACGGUGAAGGGAAUCAACAUGUGCCCCACGCAGGACAAGACUCCCUCACUGGACACAUUUCACCAGCUGUAUGAGGUGGUGUUUGUUGAUCCCUCAGGCCUCCUCAACUUGGCAGCUAUGAUGAUCACUGCAGAUUUCCAGAGGAUCCAAUAUGAGAGUCAGCUGGCAAUAGCUUUCCUGAAUUCCUCUGCUGCUGACAGUUUUGAGUCUCUCUUCAUCAAAAAAGUUGAGAUGUUCCAGAUGAGUGACCAGUUUCUGUGUGUUAGAUUGAAGAAGAAAGAAGGGAUUAAGGCACUCAGCAUGAAGAAGAGCAACCACCUGCAGCACACCCUGGACUGGCUGGGUGAUGCUAGGCGGGUGCUGUGGUCCUGCAUGCUGGCCGUGCUCAGUGAAGGGCUCACAGAAAGAAAGACUCUCAUUGCACCAAGAAGAGAGACUUCAUGUGUAUGGCAGGUGGACCACCCUCCACCUCAACAUUCCUGGUCACUAGAGUUAGGACUUGUUCUUGACCCGGCCUCAGCCUGGGCACUGCUCACCAAGGGACCCUCAGCAGAAUCUCCUGAAGCUGAACAUUUCAAGCUGUUUUGGGGUGAGCAGUGUUCCCUGAGAAGGUUCCAGGAUGGCAGCUUCCAUGAGGCUGUUCUCUGGGGUGCCCCUAGUCUGUCGCAGGCACAGCGCCGCCUCAUUCCUGAAAAAAUCUGUAAAGAUGUUUUGUAUCGCCACUGUGGAAUCCAUGAAGAAAAUGUUACAUACAUUGCCAAACAGAUGGAGAUGAUUCUACAUUGGCCAGAAUAUAAAAUGGCAUUUGAGUAUGCGACUGGAGAAGAGGCCACACAGCAGGCCAUACAGGCUUUUGAUUCCCUGUCAAGAAAGUUGCGUUCACUCGACCUUCCUCUGAAAAUCACUGCGGUGCAGCCAAAGUCAGAUGUCAACAGGCAUUCCAGGGUCUUCCCACCUCUGGCAGUAGCAAUGCCCACCUCAGGACAGGCAGUUGAAGUGGCUGGAGAUCAUCUGCUGUUUUCUGGACAUGAGGGACCAAGUGCAGUGUUCAAAUAUGCCAUGGAAGUAAUUAUCUUCUUGGAAAUAAGUGGAAAGUGGCCUGAUGACUUGGAUGCAAUUCAGGCCAUAAAAGCUGAGUUCCACUCCAAGAUGUGUGACUUGCUUUCAAAGGACAACAUCACAGCCAUCGUAUUCCCUGGCUUCUUGCAGAUUCUCUGGAUGGGCUAUUUUUUCCGAGUACAAGUCUGCUAUUUACGAGAGAUCUACCUGCAACGCCUGGUGGAGACUCCUGAAGGGGACUGGAAGGAGCAGGAGACAGCAGCUGCAACACAACUAGAACUGGAGAUAGAAACACUACCCCGAUUAACAACAGCAUUGGCAAGCAUUCAAGCAGAUCACCCAAGUUUCAGUGGAGGUGUGCGUCUCUGCAAACGAUGGGCAGCAGCACAGCUUCUGAUACCUCACAUUCCCUCCAUCGCUGUGGAACUCCUGGUGGCCUAUUUGUACUUGAAUCCAGCCCCUUAUUCCCCUCCUCACACACCCCAUGCAGCCUUCUUCAGGUUCCUCAAGCUGCUGGAACGGACAGACUGGAAGACUACUCCCAUCCUUGUGAAUUUAAAUGAGGAGUUUUCAGUUGAGGAUGUGACAGAACUCAGUCGCCGUUUCACAUCCCAGCGGGCAACUCUGCCAGACUUGUUCUUGGUGACUCCCUAUGAUCUCCAUCCAGUGGCGAGGUCAGACAUUGUGGGUGCUCUGGACCGGCGGUACAAGCACGCCUCCCUAUGGACCAAGGGAUCAGCAUCACUGCAAAUUUUGUACCGCAGUAAGCAGCUGGCUGAAGCUGCACUCAACUUUUUGAACAAGAAUUUGUUGAGCAGCCACAUGGAUAUAAAGACAGUCUUCCGCCCAAAUUUCAGUGACUUUGAUGUCACCAUUGAACUAAAUACCAGUGAAUUGAGUCGGCGUUUUGAAACCCUAGACUGGAAGCCAAAAAAAUCUUUUAAACUUAAGCAGUACGAGAAAAAAUCAGGGGAAGUGAUGCCCAUUGUGAUGUUUGAUGUUGCACAGAUGUAUCUCCAGGAACUACAGAAUGCUUUUGGCUACCUGGCACUCUUCUUCUAUGAUGAGCACGGCGGAGAGUCCAUCGGUGUGGUGUGGAAGCCUCAUGCUCUUCAGAUGCAGGAGCUGAAGAUUGGUGGCAUGGAGGGGCAUCGGCUGGUUGGGGUGAAGGAAGUCAAACAAGUACCCAAUUUAGAAGCAAUCUUGGAGGACUUUAAGGUUCUUGGUGCUGGCCUUGUUCAUGAAGUUCAAGUGAAAAACACCUGAGUGACACAGUAAUUGCUGGUAUAUAAAUUGUAUGAACCAGUUUUGUAAAGUUUUAUGUAUGUAUUCACUGAUUAAUUUAUUCCCUUUAGUAUAUUCUGUUUCCAGUAUACCAGUAAGUAUGGUGCAGUGUAUAUUAAGGAGAAUUUCUGCUAUAGAUGCACCAUCACAACCCAGAAAAAUGUAUAGUAAUAUGACUCAGUAGAUGGAAUCAAGGCACUGAUGAUAGUGAUGAGUACACAAUCAGAAGAUGAGUGCUCUACAUUGCAGCUCAGGUUCAGUACAAACACAACAGUUUUAUGUGUGUAUUCGUUAAUUUAUUCCCUUUAGCAUAUUUUGUUUUCAAUAUGCCAUUAAGUAUGGUGCAAUGUAUAUUACCCCUCUGACUACAA